AUGGAAUAUGUUACAAUCAAAGAUCCAUUUAAAGAAUCUACUCGCUUUAAUUUCAAUGAAGCAGCAUAUAAGAAUAAACAAAUCAUGAGUAAAAGUUCUAAACAACGAUCAACAGGUUCACUAGCGGGAUACUUUGAUACUGAAUUUAAAUUACUAUCUGGUUCUUAUAUUGACCCUAUAUCAAUGCGCCGUAAAGCACGUAUUGAAGAAAAAAAGAAAAAUAUUGUUAAUAAACCAUUUAUUAGCAUGUAUCGGCCGAAAGAUCCUGAAGGUCUCGGUUCAUUUUAUGGAACAAUCGGUGGUGCUGUAAAGGAUCUCGAUCCAAGCAAAGCGAAAUAUCGUGCACAAGCAAAGCCACCAUCUGAAAAAUCAAAUUUUAAAGUAAAUCCAUCGAAAAAAGGAACAGGCUACGGUUAUGCUAAUGUAGGUAUUGAUAAAGAUCCUCCAUAUGCUUAUAAAGAAAAAACAGAUAAUUAUGAUGCAUCAUUAAAUGCUCAACGAAAAGAUUAUAUUCAACAUAAAUCCCAAAUGAAAGCUGGUGUAUUUAAAUUAAAUAUGCAUCCAACAGAAUAUUUUGAUCGUAAUCCAUAUCGUGAUGAUGGUAAAAGUCGAAAAAGUCGUAGUGAUGCUAGAGAACGUUCAAAAUCAGCACCAUCAGAUAAAAAACCAUUUAAAUAUAGUUCACCUGGCAAAUCGCUUGGUGGUAAUAAAGAUGGUUGUUUUGAUAAAUUUCCUAAACGUAGUGAUAAAGAUCCUUAUGUUGUUGGUACGAUUUAUGCUCAAGUUAAAAAUGAAGUAAAUAAACAUGGUAAAACAUAUUAUCCAAAUAAAUUUCCUAAGACACGUCCAACUGAUUCUGUUAUACAUAAAAAUAUUGAUUUGAAAAUUACUCGACAAAAUUAUAAACAAGCAUCUCAAACUUAUCAAGGAUUUCAAGUACCACAAAGACGUGCUUCUGUUCAUUAG